AAUAAUAUCAGAAAGUUUUAAGUAGUUAUAUUUCUUAGUAAAGGCGGCCGUAUGUCUCGUUCAGAUUAUUACAAUUUUUGAAACAGCAUGGACUUACGAAGGUUUUCACAAGGAGGAGGAGAUGUGGACUGCAUCAGUUUAGAUCAACAAUUUAUAGUUGAUUAUUAUGUGCUACCCUUCGUUGGAGAUAUUCGUGCCAGGUAUUUGUACCCUGAACUACAGGAAGAUAUGCAAUUAGAUUUUGAGGAAGAAGUUCGUAUGAUUCAUGCUCGUUUGCGCGGAAUGAUGCAAAUUCCUGACAGUGCGUUUAGACCGUACCUACCAUAUCGGAUUCCUAGACGUUCCUUUAUUCCUUUGGUAUUUACUUCAGAGUAUAGUCGAACACACCGUUGGAUACACUUAAAAUUUCAACAACGACUUGACAUUCUAGUCAAAAAAUGUUACCGAGAUAAGUGCAUUGAGUUGAGUGACAUAAUUCAGCGCAGAAUGAGGAUAACCUAUUUAGCUAUGACCACUGUGGCCAUAGGUUUAGGCUGUGUGAUAUGGUAUGGUUGUACUAAAAUCCGAAGUCUAAUGUCGUAACCAAAAAUUCCAAAAAAGAUGGAUGUUACGGAUGCUAGUAUCAAUUUUUGUUUGUGAAUAACUAGGUAUGUCAAAGAAUUAGUUUUUUUUUUUUGGGCUUAUCACAAGGUUUUGUGUGUAUCUGCAAACUUAUAUUAAAAAAUAAUUUUAUUUCAGAAAUUUAAGAAACUAAAAAAA